CGCGCACUUUACGCGCCAGCUCUGGCCACGGAAACCCGGCAGAGGAUGGACAGCGGCGACGAGAUAGACGUGGAGAAGCACCGCAUCCACCUGCGCCCCAUCACUCUGCGCGACGCCGCGCCUGCCACGCUGCACCUUCUGCCCUGUGAAGUCGGGGUUAGCCGGCCGGCCCCCGUGGAGCGCUUUUUCACGCCGGCCAUCCGUCAGGGUCCCGACGGACUCCAAGUGUCGUUUCGGGGCCGCAGUCUACGGGGCGAGGAGGUGGAGGUGCCGCCCGGCCUGCUGGGCUACGUGAUGGUGAUGGAGGAGAAGCCGGUGGGGAAGCAGGACUUCUCCGCGGGAUCAGACCGUGAGGAGCAGGAGCUGGUGGAGCCCCCGGAGGCGCUGGAGCGGGACUUCGACCGCUUCAUUGGCGCCUCCGCCAGUUUCAGCCGCUUCACCCUGUGGGGCCUGGAGACCACCCCCGGCCCGGAUGCCAAAGUGCGUGCGGCCCUGGCCUGGCCCGGCCUCGCGGAAGCGAUCCAUGCCCAGGUGCCGCAGGACUGAGAACCAGAGCGGGAAACUGGAAACCACUGAUCCCGUCACCCAAUACACCAGCUCUCCACCUUGGAUCCACCGAGUCCACCACCCCAAUAAAAGCUCGCACAGCA